AUGAGUGGAGUGGAGACCGAGUUCCGAGUUCCAAAAAGAGGAGGCACCUCCGUUAUUUGGAACUGGUUCGGUUUUAAAUCAUCCGACACGGAGCAAACUUCGGUGAUAUGCAAGGUUUGCCGCCGUGUUGUGACAGCAAGAGGUGGAAACACAAGCAACCUGUUUCAUCACUUAAAAAACACGCACGCCCGUGAAUAUGAAGAGGCAACCCGGGCCAAAACGAGCGCAAGUGGGACCAGCAGCACCAGCGGAGCACGUCCCAAGACUACACAGCUUUCACUGCAGGCAUCGUUUACUGCUGCUACACCUUACGACAAGAGUAGUAAGAAAUGGAAAGAUAUUACCAGGGCAAUUACGCUAUAUAUCGCAAAGGACAUGGUGCCCAUUCAAACCAAAGAGAGAGAUGGCUUCAGACAUGUGGUUCACACUCUGGACUCAAGAUACGAGCUGCCUGGUCGGAAAUGUUUUAGCCAGAAGUGUCUGCCAGAGCUGUACACGGAGGUACGGGACAGAGUCAUGAACGAAAUUCGCCACCUUGAAGCCUACUCGGCCACUACUGAUUUAUGGUCGAGCCGGACUACUGAGCCAUACAUUAGCCUCACCAUCCACUUCAUUGACGAUGACUGGAAGUUGCGCAGCAGAUGCCUACAGACCGCCUUCUUCCCUGAAGACCACACCGGAGUAAUAAUUGCGUUAGGACUGAAGGAUGCACUUUCUGCCUGGGGCUUGGAUGAAGCGCAUCUGGUGUGCAUGACAACUGACAGCGGUGCAAACAUGGUGCGCGCUCUGGAAAUCAAUAAAUGGACGAGACUCGCAUGUUUUGGACACAGACUGCACAACGCUAUUGAGAGGAGUGUCCAACAUGAUGCUCGAGUUGCACGGGCCACAGGUAUGUGCAAAAAAGUGGUCAGUUCAUUCUCCUACAGCUGGAAAAAGAAGAAGGCCCUGACCAGUGCACAGAGAGAGCUGAACCUGCCCCCCCACAAGCUGGUCACAGAAUCCCCAACAAGGUGGGGGUCCCGUGUCAAAAUGAUGGAAAGGGUGUUGGAGCAGGAGAAGGCCAUCACUCAAGUCCUGGCAGCAGACCAAAAGUCACGUCACCUUCUACAAACCUGGCAAGACAUUGAGGUGUUGGAGGCCAUAACCAAAGCACUGAAGCCUCUGCAAGAUUUUACAGAUGCCCUGUCAGGAGAGGAGUAUGUUAGUGUCUCCUAUGUUAAGCCAGUCCUCCAUCUUCUCAAUUCAGAUAUUUUGAAGCCAGAAGAAGACAAAGCAGGACUGUGCGAGGACAUCAAGAAGAGGGUCCUGGAUUAUUUUAACGAAAAAUACAACGAUCCUGCCACUGACGAGCUGCUCACCAUGGCAACAUUCCUGGACCCACGGUUCAAGACCACCUACAUGUCACCCGAAAAGUUGGAGGAAGUGAGGAGCAGAGUGGCUACAGAAACCAAAGCACUGGAGGACAAGACAGCCACAGAUGCCUCUUCCACAGAGGACCAAAGCAAGAGGGAAACUAGCACUGCUCCUGCACAACUGAAAAAGCCCAAGACCAGCCUGGGCAGUUUCUUCAAAAAGUGUAGCAGUGCACCACCAAAGCAGCAGGGCAUUGACAUGGAGCUAGAUGGCUACCUGCUGAUGGUGACGGCUGACAGUGACUCUGAUCCACUGGAGUGGUGGCGUCUCCAAUGUUCCCACUUCCCCCGCAUUAGCCGCCUGGCAAAAAAAUACUUAUGCAUCCCAGCCACAAGCUCACCCUCCGAGCGUGCAUUCAGCACAGGGGGCAAUAUUGUAACAAGUUCCAGGGCAUCACUGAAGCCAGAAAAUGUUGACAGGCUGGUGUUCCUGGCAAAGAACUUGAAUGUCUAG